AACCUGGACGCGCAGAGGCAGGGUUCAAGCCUCCGGACGGUCAUCACGGUUAAUUUGGGAUUUGCAAACAUGAUUCCAGAGGAAAGCUUUGGAUCCAUCGAGAACAGGAUGCAGGCUGUAGGUCUGGCUCUGGAGGAGUUGCUGGUGACAGCUCAGAAGCAAGACUGCCUGACCGUUGGCAUCUAUGAAUCAGCCAAACUUCUCAAUGCGGACCCAGACAGUGUGGUCCUGUGCGUUCUGGCAGCCGACGAUGCGGACGAUGUGGCGCUGCAGAUCCACUUCACCCUGCUGCAGUCCUUCUGCUGCGACAGCGGCCUUCCCAUCCUGCGAGUCUCGGGAGCUCAGCGGCUCCAGCAGCUGCUCGGUGCGGCGGAUACCAACAGAAACCAGGAGGAGCACAGAGACCUCCACUGCAUGCUGGUUACGAACCCCCAGGCUGACCACUGCAGGCUGCAAGAGGUGGGGACCUACUGCCAGGAGAGCCGGCGCCUUGACCAGUGGGUGCCUGAACUGGUCCUGCAGGAACGCUGAAGGGUCUUGAACCCACGUACAUGAACAAAAACAGGAGCUUUCUGGGUCCAGAUACUCAUGAACUGUUGUUGCUCAUGCAGGGAUGGCCUGGAUCGGACUGGGCCAGGCUAUCCUGACUGAAGACCAGCAGGAGCCAGGGAUUCCCCUUCAGUGACUGGUGAAACAGCCAAAGUGGGGACUGGUUUACACAAUCUGCGUUGUACAAAAGAUACAAACAGACAAUCAGAUUCCCACUCAGACCACACGGUUUUUACAUUGUCACUCAAACUAGAUCCAAGCUUCUAUUUUGUGCUUCUGUUCGGCUACUUACAAUGUUUAUGGGGUUCGACAAUCAAAAAGACGAGUAGUAGCAUUGGCAGAAACCUGUCCCACACCCCAGCUCAUACCUGGAAAACCUGUGUGUUUUCUACGGACCAGACAGGAAUGCUGUAAUGAAACUACGCUCAACAUUCCUGUGUAUUCUGACAUGGGAGAGUCCUUGGAGAGAAGGUGUGUGUGUGAAUGUGUGGCAUGCAUGUAUAAUACUUGGGUCUUUUCUUAGAAAAGGCUGGGCAUGCGGCACGUGCAUUCUUGAAAUGAGCAGCCGAACCUGUGGAGGAAUCGUCACCAUGGAAACUGAGAAGGAAAUGAUGUUCGAGUUAAAAGUCACAAAGGAUUUAUUGGCCAAAAGAAGAGCGGAACGGGGCGCCGAACGUGAUGCUUCUGGCCAGAGGAGGCUACAGAAUGAGCAGUAUAAUGAAGUGCGUCCGAUCUGAUGAAUGAAGCGGCUGCAAAUGCUCAUUGUGCUGCAAAAGAAACCACAGUCGAUAUCUACGUGCCUUCAACAGUGCUGCUGUUUUGAUAAAAUGCUGUUAAACUAAUAUGAACAGUGCUGCACCAGUAAUUUAUUGUAUCAGUUGUUUGUAUAGCUACGUAUUUAUGGUCUAAUUUUGUGCUGUUAACUAAGUCAAUAAAUUAUUGUAUUCAUA